AGCUUUAAAGACGAUCUCUCGCAAAUGACAGAUUUAUAGAAAAUUAUUAUUCAAAUUUGGGAGGAUACGGGUCUUCCUUCUGGCAUUUUUCGUUCGAGGAAAGAGCAGCAGCAAAGGCGACGCUCAACAAUGGCCACCCACGUGGAGGGUCUGGUGGAUGAGGUGUACCUGCCGCCGGCUGGGCUGGCCCGCAGCGCCCACUGCUCCUCCAUGGAGCAGUACGAGCAACUCUACAAGCAGUCCAUCGAUGAGCCAGAGACCUUCUGGGGCGAGAUCGCCAAACAGUUUUACUGGCAGCAGCCGCCCACCGGCGCUUUCCAUGAAUUCAACUUUGACGCCUCUAAAGGGAGGAUUUUUGUGGAGUGGAUGAAGGGCGCCCAGACCAACAUGAGCUACAACUGCCUGGACCGGCAUGUGGAGGCUGGACACGGAGAUCAGGUGGCAUUCUAUUGGGAGGGUAACGAGCCAGCCGACUCGGCGCGUCUGACGUACGCCGAGCUGCUGCAGCGGGUGAAACGGUUCUCCAACGCUCUACGCUCACUGGGUGUGCGCCGCUCGGACUCUGUGGCGCUCUAUAUGCCGAUGGUGCCCGAACUGCUCGUGGCCAUGCUGGCCUGCGCGCGCAUUGGAGCCGUCCACUCCAUCGUGUUUGGCGGAUACUCGUCGGACGCGCUCGCUGACCGGAUUCUGGACGGCCACUGUCGGCUGGUCAUCACCGCCGACGGCGUCUGGCGCGGCAACAAGCUCAUCAAACUCAAACACAUCACCGACCACGCCGUGGAGCUAUGCGCCGCGCGCGGCCACCCCGUGGAGCGUGUGGUGGUGGUGCGCCACCUGCCCCGUCUGCACCACCUGGUGCCCUCCGUGGGGGACCAGCCCGACGGCUCCGAGCCCUACGACGUCAAGACUGGCUGGAACUCCGGCAGAGACCUCUGGUGGGAUGAGGCGCUGGAGGGAGUCUCUGACGAGUGCGAGCCGGAAUGGGUGGACGCUGAGCAUCCGCUGUUCAUGCUGUACACAAGCGGCUCCACGGGUAAGCCGAAAGGCGUACUGCACACCACCGCCGGCUACAUGCUGUAUGUGGCCACCACGUUCAAGUACUCGUUCGACUUCCGCCCUGAGGACGUGUACUGGUGCACGGCCGACAUUGGCUGGAUCACGGGACACUCGUACGUCACUUACGGCCCGAUGCUGAACCGCGCUACGUCAGUGAUGUUUGAGGGCACGCCCUUCUACCCGACCGGAGACCGAAUGUGGGAGGUGAUCGACAAGUACGCCGUCUCCAAGUUCUACACGGCACCCACCGCCAUCCGCGCGCUCAUGAGACUCGGAGACGAGACGGUCAAACGGCACAGCCGACAGAGUCUGAAGGUGCUGGGCUCUGUGGGCGAGCCUAUCAACCCGGAGGCCUGGCUGUGGUACCACCGGGUGGUGGGUGACGCGCGCUGCGCCGUCGUCGACACGUUCUGGCAGACGGAGACGGGCGGCCACGUGAUCACUCCGCUGCCCGGCGCCACGCCCACCAAGCCGGGCUCGGCGUGCCGGCCCUUCUUCGGCGUGCAGCCGGCGCUGCUCGAUGAACAGGGAGUAGAGAUCCACGGCCCCGGAGAGGGCUACCUGGUGUUCCGCCGGCCCUGGCCAGGCAUCAUGAGGACCGUGUUCGGCAACCACGAGCGCUUCGAGACCACCUACUUUAAAAAGUUCAACGGGUUCUACUGCACGGGCGACGGCGCGCGGCGAGACGAGGACGGCUACAUCUGGGUGACGGGACGGAUCGACGACAUGCUGAAUGUGUCCGGACACCUGCUCUCCACAGCUCAGAUCGAGUCUGCUCUGAUCGAGCACCCUGACGUCUCUGAGACGGCCGUGGUGGCCGCCCCGCACAGCGUCAAGGGCGAGUGUGUCUACUGCUUCGUUACCACCCGGCACGGCGUGGCCUGGACCGAGCAGCUCCAGAAACAGCUCAUACUCAAAGUGCGGGAGCGGAUCGCGCCGUUCGCCGCCCCCGACUACCUGCAGUACGCGCCCGGGCUGCCCAAGACGCGCUCCGGUAAGAUCAUGCGGCGCGUGCUGCGUAAGAUCGCGCAGGGCGACCGCGACCUGGGUGACCUGAGCACGCUGGCUGACCCGGGUGUCAUCGAGCCACUGUUCGAGCACCGCUGCGCAGGCGCUGGCGGAGCUCUCCACUAGCGCAGCCCACUGACAAAGGAAACCAGCUACCGGCUCAGUAGCUGCCGGGAAACUCCAGUAGGUGCCAGGAAACUCCCGGCUCCAGAAGCUGCUGGAAAACUCGAGGAAGUCAACUUCUGGCUACAGCUGCUGCCCCUCACGGCAGGAUAGUGGCAUCCGACAGCUUUCGUAGCCGACCACAGUAGCGCCUCAGCCUGGCCUAAGAAACCGACUCCAGUAGUCACUUCUCGGUCUUAGGUAGUAGCCAUCUCAUGAGUCUGGGAUCCCGUAGCCAUUCCUUGAUCAAUGGUCCAGGAUUUAUCAUCUGAGCCAUCCAUUCAAGUAGUCAUCAGAAUCCCUGAGACCUGGGUUUAGUGGCCGUUCCCAGCGCAUUCAAAGGUCCAGCAGCCGAUGGUCAUGGUUUCAGAAGCCAUUUCCCGUCCCUUCAAGCCACCUCCUGAUUCCUGGGUCCAGCAGUCACUUGGCUCUAGUAGCCGCCUCUUGAUUCCUGGGUCCAGAGUCCAAUAGCCAUCUCCUGAGUCCCGAGUCGAGCAGUCACCUCCUGAAUCCAGUAGCUUCCUCCAAUAGCCACCUCCAGUACCUACCUACCGGUUCCAGUGGCCGACUUGUGACUCUAGAAGCCUGCUCUAGCAACCGGGCUCUAGGCUCCAGUAGCCCGCAGCUAUAUGUCCUUUUCCGACACCCACCGGCUAGUCCGGCUUUCAAUGUUAGAGACAGCACAUUAUGUCGGUUUGAUGUAGGCCGUUGUCGAUAUGUUUGUAUGGGUACGUGUAAGUCAAGUAACAAUAUGCGUUUAAGGCUGCUAAUCUGUGGUCGCUGGUAGACCACUUUCAGCUGGCCAGUAGUUUAAACUGGCGAUCCGUGGAUCAGUAGAGCGCGUUGUGUGCUGGCCGCUGGGUGUCGAUAGUAGAACGCCUUGGGUGUUGCAAUAAUCGCACAAACGCCACAAGCCUGGCUCGUAGUGGCACUUCAGUGUUCUUAAACAUGUGACGGGCUUACGACGCUACAAUAGUCACUUUUAUGUACAAACUGCCAAUGUUGGUUCUGUUAAUGCUGGUCGAGAUUGGUACUCCAUGUUAACAUAUACUCAUGGUCAAUAUGAUCUGCUUUCGCCUUUCACCAUUGCGACAUUCCGGGUGUUAACUCCAGUCUAUCAGCGGUGUUAUACCAUUCCGGCCGUCCACUGGCCAAUGUAUGUUGAGUUUAAGCUUAAUAUGCGUCUAUCGGACGAUUUACCGCUGCUGCGAACCAUGGCUGUAACUCAAACAUAUCAUGGGGCAAUGGUUUUACGGCUGAGAGUUUCGCGCACAGUAACUAUUCAGUGACGCCCAGUAGCACAGUCUCUGAAAAAGUGAUAUUGUGUCAUGUGUGAGGUUUUAUCGAUCUGAUAUACAACCCGCCAGCAUACCAUUUCGCUAGUUAGCCUAAUAAAACCCCGUUUUCUAGUGCAAUACGAGACCGCCGCAGGCGUGGGGCUGCUCCGAACAUGUCUGGGACUGGGAGCGGGUUUGUCGCUACAUAUCAUAACAGGGAAUCAAUGCAUAUCAUAGCAUGGCAAGGUGGUGCGCCAUGUGCCGGGUAAAGUGUUGUCGCUCUCUGGUGUUUUGUUGCUGUGUUGUCGGAUACUGCUCUAGGUAGGGUAGUGCUGUGUCGUGCCGUGCUGUCGGGCAUCGCACGCCUCUAUAGCUAUUGAUAGUGCUCUAGUGUUGUCGAUACCGCUCUAGUGCCGUCGUGUCGUCGGCCACCGCUCUAGUGCUGUGUCGUGCCGCACGCCACUAUAGCGUUAUCGGGCACUGCUCUAAUGUUGUGGUGUUGUGCUGUCGCCUAAAGCUCCUGUUUACUCUCUGGCCAGUCUAAGAAAUAUGCAAUACACGUGGUGC